GUCUGUUUUUAGAUUCGAUUUCUCACUCUUUUUUUUUUGUUGAAACACGGUAUAAGGGUCUGGUCAUAAAUUGUAGACGAUUGCACAGGCCCAAGUACACGCCGACCGCUAUCUAACAGUUUUAUUACAAGCGCCUUUUGUUUGUUGUGUAUAAUUUGAGGAGAAACCUUUGCAGAAGUGACUACCUGGCGACUUCCUUUUUCUGUGGGUGAACCAUUCACGCCAUUUCAUUAAGGAUACACACUUUUCUUUAUUGCAUGUUGUUUUCUUUUUGACUGAAGUCAGAGAAAUUAAUUAUGGAUUACGUUGGAUAAUUAAGCGCCUCGGAUCAGAAUGUUAAGUCGUGAUAUGUGAUGAUAUUUUUGUCGUAUUGAGAAAGUAUUAGAAAUGUAAUAUUUUUUGACGGAUCUAAUAGGAUUCCCUCCGUUAUUUAUCAUCCUAUCCCAGAAUGCCGAGACGGGUACAUCCAAACGAGCAGGCAGAGGACAGGGACCCAAACAAACUGAACCAACACCUCAAGGUCAAGUUUCACGAUGUCUUCGAAGAGGCACCAGCUCUAAAGAGUCUCGAGUUGAUCUGGUUAUGUUCGCAAGAGUGCUACACGUGUUUCAAUGACUGCUGCUACAAACUCCUCACGUUUUUUCUCGCUCCCUUCAUCGCCAUAUGGUGGGGGUGUGGCUUCGCCCUGACUGCAUUCGAACACGUGUGGUGCCUUACGCCGAUCAACAAGAACGUAUAUAUAUGCUGCGGCACGUGCUUUAAAGGCUGCUUCAAGUACCUCUUUGACUGUUUGGUCACGCCAUGCACUCGGGCCUGCGGAGGAAUAUUCGUCGUGUUUCACACCGACCGGCCUCCGACCCCGAGAAUACGCCCCAAAGCUCGGCAGACGAAAACAGCAUCACGUGACCAGAAAGGAGAAGAAGAAAACCAAAAUGACGAAGACGACGAUAAAAAUAGGAAGGCAGCCAUUUUGGCUGUCCCGAUAGUGGCGCGGGAAUCCAGUUACCUUUCGCAUAACAAAGGGAAUGCGUUAAAAUCAAUUCAACGCCAGAUGGGGCUCUACAACUGAAAAUUUUGGAGGGAAAAUCAAAUAGUAUUUUAUGGCGUUAAUUACGUUAUAUAUUUUUAAUUAUGGAGUUUUAAUUAGAAGUAAUGUAUUCAAUGCGAUUGAUGUAAAACUAACUCUAAUAAGAAGUGGGGUAUUCAUGCGAUUUUAUGAUGUUAAUGUAACAACUAUAGAGUAUUUUAAUUAUUUAUUGUAAAAAUAACUUUGGAUCUUUUUAAAGUUGUACUAUGGGCCGCGGAUUCAGUAUUCAAGAGACUGUGAUAUCGCUUCUUUGAGCAACAUAAACUUUGCUAUAAAACUACUUUUCAAAGUCACUUUAUUUGCUUUGAUAUAUGCAUAAAAACACAUUGUUUCUUUACAUAGACACAUAAAACCUCUUUUUGAAA